CUCAUCCGCGUACUCGCCGCUUAUCGAAAAUAGAUCAAUUUCAUCAAAUCAAAAUUUAUUAAAUUUGGAUAAAUUAUUAUCUGAAUUAAAUAUUGAACAAGAUUAUUUUGACGACGACUAUACCUGGGAAAAGAUAAAUUCUAGACUUGAAACGAUAUUUGGUCGGAAUGAAAAAUUAAAAACAGAAAUUGAAAAUGGGAAAAAAGAUUGGGAAACAAUCGCUCAAAAUAUACUUAAUCUGAAAUCAGGUGAUGGUUUACCUCAAGAUAAUUUAUCGUUAUAUCCUGAUUUGUUUAAUGAUAAAUUUGAUCAGAAUAUGCCUAUAUUUGGUGAUACUAUUGAAUCCAUAAAAAACGGGUAUAGAAUGUGGAAAGAAACGGAGGCCAAUAUGAAGAUAUUGGAGACAAGACUUAAUUAUUUCCGAAUAUGUCAUUUUUACAAGUUAUUGGAAGCAUACAUUUCCUUAUAUAACCUGGCUAUUAAAGAAACACCACAUGAACAUAGAUUUCUCAACGUUGAACAAAAAAUUCAGGAAGGAAUUUCUCUUGGUGUCGGAACGAGCAAAACAGCGAUAAGGAAAUGGGUUAGAAUUCGAAUGUUGCAAAUUCUUGGUGUGGAUACUGAUAAAUCAGAAGAAAGAAUAUUCAAAGCAUUAUUGCGUAUCAAUUUUAUACUUACUAAUGGAAUUUCGUCAAAAGAAGAACUUGCCAUUGCUGGCGCAACGCGUAGAUUCUUUGAAUCUUCUACCAAGCUUGAGUUUCUUGCUUUUUUAACUAAAAUUACUGGCAGGGAUUAUUUUCAAGAGUUUGAACAAUUAAAAGGCGUUGCAAACAAAUUGGUUAAAUUGAUUAGUCAAAACCAAGUUAAUCAAGGUCCAUUUCGUCAAGAAUCAUUAAAUCCUCAGAAUAUCCACCAAAAUUUGGAUAUGAAUCCAACUGAUCUAAUUAAUAAUCUUCAAGAAUUUGGAGAUAACCUUGAGACUGUAUUGAAGAACAUUAGUGAGUGGGAAAAUACUGAUAAAUCCCUUGAAGGGAUUUCACUUGGACGUAAUGCAUCUUUUACCUCACUCCGGGGAUAUGUGAGAGUACAAAUUAAAAAGGCGCUGAAUCUCAAAACGGAUAGAGCUGAGGCAGGCGCAUCAAGAAGAUUUUUUGAGUACUUAAAUGAUGAAAAUUUUGAUUCACUUUUACGAAUAAUAAUGGGUGAAAAUUAUGUUUCAUUUACUGUUCCUAAAAAUUUUCAAGAUAUUGAAACG